GGCGCCCCAGUACUCGCUGCCAGCGUUGCAGCAAUGGCGAACGCCAGCAAUGGGCCGGUCCGAGGUCCCGGCUGCGAAGAAACAGGGUCCAAAAUCAGUAGUCUUCCACAACCACAGGUCACCAGUGAGCAGGAUGCCUGUACUGUCACCUGGGGAUUCACACUCGAUCAACUGUACAAAAUGGCCACUGCGUUUUUCAAGGAACAUGAAGGAAAAGCCUUCCACAUUUCUUACGAAGACAAGGUGAAUCUUGUAGCCUACACACUUCAAGUAACACAUGGAAAGUACAACCCAGAGAGAUGUAAACCUCUUGGCUACCUCGACGUCGUAGGAAGGGACAGGAGGCAAGCCUGGACUUCAUUAGGAGACACAGACCGUGAGACAGCCAUGAAGAAGUUCAUUGAGUUGCUCAACCUUAAAUGCCCCCUAUUCCGACCAUUCAUUGAAGCACACAAGGCAGAUAUGGAAGAGAAAGAGCGUAAAAGGCAGGAAGAAGAGGAGGAAAGGAGGAGAGAGCAGGAAGAAGAAAGGGAAAGGCAGAGGUUAGAAGAAGAAGUUUCCAGACAAGAACAGGAGCGCCUGAGACAGCUCGAGCAAAAACGGCUAAUCCAGGAGGCACUCAACCGGCAGACCUAUCACCAGUUCAAGGCCUAUGCUGAGCAGCAGUUUCCUGGCAACCCUGAACAGCAAGGUGUGCUGAUCCGGCAGUUACAGGAGCAGCACUAUCACCAGUACAUGCAGCAGGUGCUCAAUCAGCAGCAGCAGCAGCAGACAGCGAUGGCUGACGGGGGUGACACGGCUGACGGUCGACCGCCAGCAGAUCCACAGCCGGUGGUGGCUAACGGGGGCGAGGGCGACACCAAAGGUGAAGAGGGAGACAGCUCGGCUGAUGAGGAGUCCACCGAGGAAGGUGGCCAAGCGUUGCCGACAAUCGCAACGGCGUCGAUGUGGACCCGCAAGGACAUAAAGGAGUUCAAAGAUGGCAUCCGCAAGGAAGGCAGCAACGGAAUCCUAAAGGUGGGUCAUGGCGAAGUGGUGACCGUGCGUGUGCCGACGCAUCCCAACGGCAACUGUCUCUUCUGGGAGUUCGCGACAGACAGCUAUGACCUGGGCUUUGGCAUCUACUUUGAAUGGACUGCCGAACCAGGCAACCAGAUGUCUGUGCACGUCAGCGAGAGUGAAGAAGAAGACGAGGAGGAAGAAGCCAAAGCGUCUCCCACAAAAGGAAUAUCUUUAUCGCAAGAUGUGCUACAAGAAGCCUGUUCCACCAAUGAGCAAGAGGAGCGCUCUGCAGAAAGUGGAGAUGUGGAGAAAGGCUCGCAGGGGGACCCCCACGGCUUGACCCACCAGUCCUCGAUGAGCUUGGUGAUUCCAGUGUUUCGCCGAGACUGUCACGAGGAGGUGUACGCCGGCAGCCACUUGUACCCCGGCCAGGGUGUCUACCUCCUCAAGUUCGACAACUCCUACUCCCUAUGGCGCUCAAAGACCCUCUACUACCGCGUUUACUACACUCGAUGAGCCCACCUCACGCUUGCAGCCCACCGCAAAGACGCAACCGUUGCCAAGUGCCCGUGCCGACAACCUGGGCAGCGUAAUGAGCUAAAGUGUUAGAAAUGUUUCAGGUGCAUUUUUUUUUUGUUUCCUCCCCUCCUGUUUAAUCUUGAUCACAUAAAUGGCAUUGGAGGACUGUUUAUAACACCC